CCUGGCAGCCCCUCACCCAAGGGUGUUAGUGGGCGGCUGCGCAGAGGGUGGGGAGCAGGCAGGCAUUUCACCCCACGCUGAGGCCUGGGUCAGAGGAUGCGCAGCCAGUCACCUCUGCUCCCCCAAGUCAAGCGAGGUGCAGGCCGUCCCCAGGCCAGCGACGCUCUGGGUCUCACGUGCCCAGUCAACUUGAGGGGCAGCUCAGGCAGCAGUUUCCAUGGGAACAGCAUCUGCUCCUGGAGCUCCCUCGGGGCACAGAGCUGUCCACGCCAGGCCCGGGGCCCAGGACUGAGGAAAGGACCAGCCAGGCCUGCUGCCGUCCUCCUGGGACCCUCCUGGGCUGGUUCUGGUCUCAGCACAGAGGCUGAAUCUUAGGGAGGGAAGGUCCGUGGCAGAGCCACCCCAAUCCCAGGCACCCAGCACCCACCACUGAGCCUUCCUUCCCAGCGGGACGACCUGUCCUUGCCUCUCACUUGGUCUCAGCCAGCAGGCGGCUGUUGGCAGCCCAAGGCUGGACUCCAGCAUUGCAGCCCAUCAGACUGGGGGCAAAAAGGGGACCCAGGGGACGGCGCCUGGGCCUGCGCUGUGGGCACCGCACUCCUGUCUGUCACCUGCUUAGGCCCUGAGCCUUCUGGGCCCCAGUGGCCGAGGGAUUAGUCUCCCUCUGCUGCUAAUGGGCUUAGAGGAAGCCGAGCUGCCCUUGUUCUGGGCCAAGGUCACUGGGCUUAGGGCAUCCAUCGGGGGUGGCUCUGGGGAGAGGAGAGGAGGUCACUUGGUCGGUGUUGCACGGACACCAACAGCGCCCAGCGCGAGGGAGUCCGGGAGUCCAGAAGCCCAAGGUCGCCACAGGGUCUCUGCCAGCCUGGCCAUGAACCUGGAGCCGCCCAAGGCCGAGAUCCGCUCGGCCACCAGGGUGACGGGGGGCCCCGUCACUCCCAGGAAAGGGCCCCCCAAAUUUAAGCAGCGGCAAACCAGGCAGUUCAAGAGCAAGCCCCCCAAGAAAGGUGUCCAAGGGUUUGGGGACGACAUCCCUGGAAUGGAAGGCCUGGGGACAGACAUCACGGUCAUCUGCCCGUGGGAGGCCUUCAACCACCUGGAGCUGCACGAGCUGGCCCAGUACGGCAUCAUCUAGCCGCACCUGCCGUCCGACCCCCCUGCGGCCCCCCCACCCGCAGCCAGGGCGUCAGGAUUGCGAGAUCCUGUCUGGAGACCUUCAAAGGGCAGCGACAUCAGGAGCCCCCGCCUCCUCUCAGGAUGCCCUUGCAGGCCGGCCAGGCCCUGCCUGACCUCCCGGGAGGCUGGCCCACAUCCCCUCUCCUCCUGCAGCUGGAAAACCAGGGCAGGAUGAGCUCCGCCCAUAGCCACUCGUGGCUGGUGCCGGGUCAGCGUGGCGGGUGGCCAUGCUCACUGUCCCUGUUUCAAAAUAAAAGGAUCAUGCCUCCUC